AUGGGCCGCUCGUCAGCGAGCUCGUCCAGCUCAGGACUCUUGGGGUGGAUAUCACCUCGAACAGCGACACUAGCUAUCGCCGUGCUAGGUAUCAUCAUUCAUCUCAACACUUACUCAUGGCUUGGCACCCUCAGCUCGACGCUACCCGAUGUGCCCGAACGAGGCCUGACAGCACCACCGUUGCCGCCAGCUUCAGUAGCUUUCGUGCCAUCAGCCGACCGAUUCUCCAACUCUGCGGCCAAAGUUGACCAGCUCAUCGACCUCGAUGUCUAUGCAAAACAGGCUGCCGCGGACGGUACCGCCAACAGCCGCGUCUAUCUACCGGAAUGGGUCGCUGAAGCCAAAGCCUAUCUCAGAGCUCAAGGUCUCUCUUUCGUUCCGACACCAGGCAACGAAGGCUCUGGAAAUCCCAAGACGAACGCAAACGGCAAAGCCAGCGAGGCUUCAGCGCCAAGCCGGUACAACGAUGCAAGCGACCCUUCAGGUAUCGGCUAUCAAGUCAUCGACGAUGGUGCAGAGGAUGUCGAACGCAUGCAAUGGGAUGCACUCCGUCUCGUCAUUGGCACACUGCGAUGGUAUAUCUUGUUGAGUGUCAUUUGCUGCUGCGCCGGCGUCGUGGGUGUUCUGCGCUCAAAUCUGCUCCUCUCGAGACUAUUUGUCAUUCACUUAUUCCUCGAUUUCCUCCUCUCCACACUCUCACUCUUCGCUCUUGCUAUCGUCUGCACCUACCCGACAGUCCGAGCACAUCUCUGCGACGAGUUUGGCUCAGGAGAAGUCCAGUCCUGGUUCACUUCCUCCAAAGCUGGCAGGAUAGCAGGCUCCUCCACAAACAGCGCACAAGCUCUUGUCAAUGGCGCCGCCUCAUCGCAUUCCGCUAGAAUUGCUGGAUCCGGCACUGGCUCGGACGUCACAGUCGAUGCGUCGGGCUGGGAAACCUUUCUAGAUGGCGUAUUCGCAUCGGAGAACUGCGAAGAAAGUUUCAGGACAACAGUCGUGCCACUCUUAAUGGUCUUCGGGUUGUUCUUCACAGCGGUGAGGUUACAGUGCUUCUUCUUGGUACAGCGAUUCUACGCUAGCUUGCUGAGAAGUAAGGUUUAUCAAUACGGCUAUGGCGCAGGCGGGCUUGAAUCAGGUAUCUCAACACCGAUGUCUCAGCUCUCGGUGGAGACUGGGAGGGAGAGGAGAUGGAAGGAGUCCAAACUGAUCGAUUGA